AUGGAACCACAAGUAUACGCAGCCGCAGUUGCAGGGGAAGAACAUAUCCUCUCCAUGAUGGAAACCCAACUUCUUCAACAAGUGAGCCCUCAAGGGAACACAGUGGCUCACAUGGCAGCGAGCUUAGGACACAAUUCCAUCUUGGAACUUCUAUUACAGCGAUGCCCAACUCUUCUCUUCAAGCCAAACUCAAAAGGAAACACCCCUCUUCAUGUCGCCGAAACCGCCGGUCGAUUAAGCAUCGUCAAGUUCCUUUUGGAUUGUAAUUCGAAAGACAUCGAAAGGGGAGAUGAAGCAAAUAAUCAAGAACAGUACUUGAGGAUGCAAAAUACAAUUGGAAAUACAGUCUUGCAUGAGGCCAUGGAAAACAAUCAUGAAGAUGUGGCUAGAACCCUAGUUACAGCAGAUCCAGUUUUGUCACAUUUGGUUAACAAAGAAGGGAAGUCUCCAGCUUAUUUGGCUGCAGAAGCUGGCCAUCUACAACUUCUUGAGCACAUGUUGGGGCUGCUUGUUGACAGUGACGACCCAGGAGAUUGGAGAAGAUCAGGAAAGACACUUCUUCAUGUUGCCAUCAUCAAGAAGCAUCGUGAGAUCAUGAAAAUAGUAUUGAAGUUCAAACCACAACUCAUCCAACUAAGAGAUGCACAAAAGAGGACUCCACUUCACUAUGCUGCACGCUUAAAUUUUUGGGAUGGGUUGAAUGUGUUGCUCGACAUGGAUACUUCAGCUGUCUAUCAAAGCGAUGAUAAAGGCUUCUUCCCAAUCCAUGUUGCUGCCCGUGAAGGCCACACUAAGAUUCUUCAACUUCUCAUCAAACGUUGUCCUGGUUCUUGGGAGUUGCUCACUGAACAAGAACAAGAGAAUGCUCUUCAUGUUGCUGCUAAAAGUGGAAAGGUAGAAAUGGUUGGAUAUAUUCUUAAAAAUCCCAUGCUUGAAAAGCUUCUAAAUGAGAAGGAGAAAGAUGGAAACACACCUUUGCAUCUGGCGGCCAUGGCCGGGCAUUAUAAAGUUGUUCAUGUUCUCACAAGAGAUGUUAGAGUAAACCUGUGUCUAAAGAAUUACAAUAAAUUGACAGCCCUCAACAUAAGUGAAGCAAACCGCAUCAACAAGCAGGGCUCCCAUUCGACUCUAAAGGCUAAAGGGGACUUGACAUGGAUGAGGUUGAUUGCUGUUGGUGCCCCAGAAAUUGAGGAACUAGACCUCUUUGAAACACAAGAACCACCUAAUCCGAAGGAACUACUAGAUUAUUACAAAGAUUGGAUCGACACUCUAAUGGUGGUUUCAACUCUUAUUCUAACAAUAACCUUCACCGCAGGUCUUACAGUGCCUGGUGGCCUUAAUAGUGAUGGACCAAACAAGGGUAUGGCAUUAAUGCUUAGAAAAGCAACAUUUCAUGUUUUUAUGCUUAGUGAUACCUUAGCUAUGUAUUGUGCCCUCAUCUGUGUUGUGACUCUCCUUUGGGCAAAAAUAAGAGAUUUUAAGCUGAUACUCUAUACCAUAAACAGUUUUGCCCUCCCCUUUUUGUCUCUAUCACUUCUGUUGAUGUCCAUAGCAUUCGGAGCUGGUGUAUGCCUAGUAACAAGUGGGCUUGCUUGGCUAGCCAUUGUUGUUCUUGUCAUGAACAUUAUUUCUCUGAUAUAUAUGGUGUUCAUCUUAAUUCCACUUCUUUGGCCAUAUGUUCACCAGAAACGUGUCCAGAUGUUGAUACUCUAUCAUCUUUACCGAAUGGUGGUGUCUAUGUUUGAGUUUAGUGGUAUCUUUGUUGUUUGA